AGCAAUUAUUAUAACAGUCUUGUUCAUUUAAUUAAUGGGAACAUGUUAAUAGUGCAAAUCGCAUCUUGAUAUCAACAAUCUCACCAUCAUUGACUAACUUAGCAAUGAUUUUAUAGUAGUGUAAGAUGAUUAUUAGCAUCCUUUGUAUGGUUAAGUGAAUAUACUUGAAUACAAGGAACUCAAAAAAUUUGAUUUUAAAUUAGUACAUAAACUUAUUACAUUUGCAGAGCAAGAAGAGUUUCAAUAAGCAUUGCAAUAUUAUGAAGCCAAAUUUUAUGGAUUCAAUCAUCCUAAUCUCUUAAUAAUACAUGCAAUGUAAUACAAAUAGAUAGAUCAAUUCUUUAACACCCAAUACAAAUUGUCACUCUUUCUAGAUUACUAUGAAACUACUCUUGCUUAGGAAUUAGGAUACAGAAAGAAAAUGUAUUUUGAAGAAAGUGAAAUAUUAUUCUUUCUUGAUUCUCUAAUUGGUAGUCAGGCAUUUCUCUAAUCUAAAGGCCAUGCUUUGCCAGCACUUAAAUUUGAUAAAAUCUAUCUCUCUCAUCUGCUUAAUGGAGCAAUAGCAUUAAAAGUCUAAAGUCCUUUAUUUGAUUCAACUGAACAAGAGUUAGAGUUCAAAACUUUAUAUGAUAAAAUCCUAAAUGGUGAGUAAGUCAGAUUGCAGGAUUACACAUACUUGAGUCCCGAGCAAUGGCAAAUGAUUCAUAAUAAGAAGUUCGAGCCCUAUGAUGUUUUCAAGAGCAAUGUUUUCGUACUGGGUUUAAUGACUUUGGAAUUGUGUUCUGUUCGACAAAGUGUAAGUUUGUAUUAAGAUUACAUGAUAGAUCAGAAUCUUUUAAAUGAAUAAAUCAACAAAUUAUCAGAUCGAUAUGGAGAAGCAUUGCCUUUGCUUUUAGAAGCCAUGUUAUAUUAUGAUCCCAAAGUGAGAUGCGACUUCUUAUAGUUAGAUGAUUUAUUGAAUUUGUCACAAUUAUUAAAUGGCAAAAGACUAGUUCAAAUUUGGACAAAUGAAGAUUUCUAAUAUAGUUUAGUCGAAAAAAGAGUCCAUUUUACAACAAAGCAACAUUCUCUUGUCCAUCCUGAAGUUCAAUCCUAAAUGUCUAAUUAGUCAUUAUUGCAAAAAGGCUCACACUUAUCCCUUCGAUAAGUCUUGUCUAAGAAUUCAAAAGAAUCAAAAGCCUCAAGUUCUAUUAUUUAAAAGAGAGAAUCAUAUUCACCUUAAACACAAAAAAAGAAUUUGUUUAAAAAGUUUGAAACUGAACAGGCUUCCAAAGGAGGCAGUAAGAAACUCAUUACUUAAGACGGAUUUGGAGUGGAAUCAUUAUCCAAUGGAUUAACUUAUGAAGGAAUAUUUUAGGGUGGCAAAAAGCAAGGGUUGGGUAAGUUGAUUAAUGAUGAUAAUGAGAUUAUUUAUGAAGGGUACUUUUAUGAAAAUCAAUUUCAUCGUACAGGAGUUCUUAAAAAUUAAAACCCAUAACAGUUGUAAACGCCAUUCAAUUACAAGGAUUUCAAUUAAUUGGGAAAUAUGUGGAUAAAAUAUGAUGGAGAUUUCUAGUAAGGGAAACAGGAUGGAUAUGGUCAAUUGACAUUAUCUAAUUAAGAAAUCUAUACUGGACUUUUCAGAAAUGGAGUGGUAAAUGGAACUGGAGUGUUCUUAACUUAGGAAGGUAAUAAAAUUGCAGGAAAAUGGAUUAAUGGUAUCUUUUAAGAAGAAUGA